AUGAAUGACAAGUUCUCCUCCAUGAAUCUUGCUGACAGCGACGUCGAAAAAGAGAAUAAAGCUGAAUACAAUCACAUGGACAUAGCGAGGUCCAUGGAGCGUGAAGUGAGCGGAUCGACGAAAUACCUUGAGAGAUGGAUAAAACGCUCGAAAUCUCUCCCUGGCCUUCUUGACUGGAGAGGUCCGGUCGUCAUGCGCGGAUUCAAGACGGACCUUCUUCAGGUCAUCACGUAUCCACUUGGAAUGCAGGACCAUCCAUGCUUCUACAAAAUCAACCUCGCGUCAUGCCGAUCAAAAAAUUACGAAGGAAGAACCGUCAAAGUUCGGGAACGCUCGAUGACAAGAAGUCGCCACGUCUCCGUAAUCUUCCGCGGCAGCGGUGACUUUCGGCAAGUGAUUGAUACAGACGUGCCAUACAUUCGAGACGAGGGAAAAAAAUACAAAAUCAAGAAUCCCAAAUUCGAUGUCGCCCUGGAGAUCAAGCCUGAUUUGACCAUUGGAACCUUGCAAAUCUACACUUACCAGCUGGAAUGA